AUGGCGGCCGCUGUAGUGAGGUGGUCGUUAUGGAGAGCGGUGCGCGGAUUGGGGCAGAGCAUUCGCCUGUAUAAUGAGAGUGGGGCUGAGGGCAGCUGUCAAAUAGAAGCUACAGCAAAGAAGUUCCCAAGAAUAUACACAAAAACUGGAGAUAAAGGGUUCUCUAGCACUUACACAGGAGAAAGAAGACCUAAGGAUGACUUGGUGUUUGAAGCACUGGGAGCUACUGAUGAACUGAGCUCAGCUAUUGGAGGCUUCAAGAGGCAGAGGUCAUGGUGCUGGUCAUUCUGUUCUCAUUAG